GUCUACAGGGCCAAGUGAAUCUGUGAAGACGCGGGUCGCGUCAAGAACCCGGAGGAGACCUCAAGGAUAGGCCCAGAAAAACAGCCAGAAAAAAAAUCUCAUCAUGGCAAAUAUCCGCCAGGAAAACGAAGAAAUGGAGCAGCCCCUGCAGAAUGGAGAGGAAGAUCGCCCCCUGGGAGGAGGUGAUGGCCACCAGCCUGCAGGAAAUAACAGAAGAGGACAGGCUCGGCGACUUGCCCCUAAUUUUCGAUGGGCCAUACCUAAUAGGCAGAUCAAUGAUGGGAUGGGUGGAGAUGGAGAUGAUAUGGAAAUGUUCAUGGAGGAGAUGAGAGAAAUCAGGAGAAAACUUAGGGAGUUGCAGUUGAGGAAUUCUCUGCGUAAUCUUAUGGGUGAGCUCUCUAAUCACCAUGACCAUCAUGAUGAAUUUUGCCUUAUGCCUUGAUUUCUGCAAUUUUCCAUGAGAUUAAUACUGUGAUUCCUGCUGUUUUCCUUUUCCUGCAUUUUCCUUUUAAUGCCUUUACUAAUCUAUGUGCUGUGAACCUGGUGUUAUUUCCAUGUGUCGGGUGGGUCUUGUGUUGCCAGCUUCUAAUUGGACAUUGACUUUGUGCCCAGUGUUCCUGUCAACGUAGAGUUUUACCCAUUUGCAUGGAAAAAAUGUAAAGUUAAUAAAGCAAUUAAAAAGCA